CUCCUCUGAGGAGGAAGCGGUCAACACAACCUGAAGAAGAAGAAGAGAGCGAGCAGUGAGUUACCGAUAUGUUACAUGACUAGUUUUGUAAUAAUAAAUAAUCAUAAGAAGACGCGUUUAUCGGAGCUCGAGAUCAUGGUGCUCCCAGUCCUCAGGCUUGGCGUGUCGUGUCGCUGUCAAACUGCGUGGAGGAACUGGCAGCAGAUACAACGAACCCCUUUGAGGCAAUGGCUGGUGAAGAGAAGACAGACCACCGUGACCACAGAGAGUGUGUCGGUCAGAAGCGCGGCGCUCCCCAACGCGGCGUCGGAUCGUGUGAUUGGCCGCUGGCUGCUGGGAUGCAGUGGACUGGUUUUGGGCGCUGUGGUUCUGGGAGGCGUUACCAGGUUGACGGAGUCUGGUCUGUCGAUGGUUGACUGGCAUCUGGUGAAAGAGAUGAAGCCGCCACAGACUCCAGCCGAGUGGGAAAACGAGUUCUCCAAGUACCAACAGUUCCCAGAGUUCAAGAUCAUGAACCACGACAUGACCCUGACGGAGUUUAAGUUCAUCUUCUACAUGGAGUGGGGUCACCGCAUGUGGGGCCGGCUGGUGGGGUUGGCGUACAUUCUCCCCGCGGCGUAUUUCUGGAGGAGAGGCUUCUUCAGCCGCUCCAUGAAGCCGCGAGUUCUGGGUCUUUGUGGCUUUGUCGUCUUCCAGGGUCUCCUGGGCUGGUUUAUGGUGAAGAGCGGGCUUGAGGAGAAGCCGGAGUCGUUCGAUGUCCCCCGGGUCAGUCAGUACCGGCUGGCGGCUCACCUGGGCUCGGCUCUGCUGCUGUACUGCGCCAGUCUCUGGACCGGCCUCACUCUCAUGCUGCCCCACAACAGGAUUCCUGACAGCCGGCAGAUGCUUCAUCUGAGGAGGUUUGCUAAGGCUACAGGCGGUCUGGUGUUCCUCACGGCUCUCUCAGGGGCUUUUGUCGCUGGACUGGACGCAGGUUUGGUUUAUAACUCGUUCCCGAAGAUGGGCGAGUGCUGGAUCCCUGACGAUCUGCUGGCCUUCUCCCCCACCAUCAAGAACAUGUUCGAGAAUCCCACAACUGUGCAGUUCGACCACCGCAUUCUGGCCAUCGGCUCGCUGACGGCCAUCACAGGACUCUACCUGUUAUCCAGACGCACACAUUUACCGCGCAGAGCAAAGAUCGCCAUCGGCUGUCUCACCGCCAUGGCCUACACACAGGUGGCUCUGGGCAUUAGCACUCUCCUGCUGUACGUCCCCACUCCACUCGCCGCGACACACCAGUCCGGGUCCGUGGCGCUGCUCAGCUUCGCCAUCUGGGUCCUGGCCGAGCUGCGCAAGGCUGUCAAGUAGAGUCGGAUCACACUUCCUGCUGUCAGAACAUAUUUAUUAUUGAAGUGUGCUUUAGGCUGCCGUGGCCUCUCGAUUCUUUUCUUUUGUAUGGGUUUAUAUGAAGUGCUUAUAAACCAAACACAAGGUGUAAGUGUGCAAUUCAUAACUGUUUCAAUUUCUUUUAAAAUAAUUGUACAUGUUUUGUUUAUAUAAAAAAAGAGAUUGUACUGUAUGACUGCUUUUUUUCAACUAAAAUAAAACGAUCAUCUGUUUUCUUCA